AUGAUCGCCGGUCUCGCCCACAUUAACCUCCUCGUGCCGCCCGGUACCUUGGAGGAAGCCAACCUUUUCUACACGGGCACGUUGGGGCUAACGGCGGUGCCCGUGCCCCCGCUGCAAAAGGAGACGACGGCAUGGUUCAACAUCUCAGAUGGAGGUCAACAAGUCCAUAUUGGAUUCGGAGAAAACGAACCCGACUCGCCGCGCCAUCCGUGCUUUAGGGUCGGCUCGGUCGAAGAGCUGCAUGUCUUGAAGCAACGUAUUUACGACCAUCACGUACGCGGGGGGAAGGCGGCUCCAAUGUCAGCGGAUAAGCCGGGUGAAGCUAUCUCAGGCGAAAUGGGUGUGGAGUAUCCGACGAGGUUCUUUGCGAGGGACUAUGCCGGAAAUCGACUGGAGUUUAGCUUAUAA